AUGGAUACUAAUGGCAACGGAGAAGAGUUUAUUAAUGAAACAAAAGAGAGCUUUGGUUAUAACAAAUCUUUCGACAAGUAUAUUUUUGGAUCAGUCGACCGCUUGGAUUUCAAAACAUCGUACAGAAUUGCAGUUAGAGUAGCCAAAGAGUGUAAUGAAAUGAGUUGUGGGGCACAUAAUCUUCUUGUGAAUCCUCUCCAUCAAGAGGAGGGCGACAUUGUGGUACUUAUUAACGAUGUCCCAGCACUGUUGUGGUGUCACGUGGAGGAGCAAUACCACAAUCUGGCGGUCUCGACGACCUCAUAUGUGGCCGAUUUUCAGCCAAAUUAA